AUGUCUACAAAUGGCACAACACCGGCGGAGGGGCCUGGACCAAGGAAACUUAAGAUUUUGAUGUUGCAUGGCUACACUCAAUCCGGGCCAUCCUUCAAUUCCAAGACAAAAGCCUUGACAAAACUCCUCACUCGCCAAUUCCCCCCUUCUCAUCCCGUCUACCCUGGCGGCAUCCAGCUCCUAUAUCCUACUGCUCCAAUCCCCCUUUUGCCAGCCGAUAUUCCCGGCUAUACACCUUCCGACGACCCGUUCUUGGCACCAACCGAUGCAUACGGAUGGUGGAAACGCGAGACCGGCGGAGCUAGAUAUGCUGGCAUUGAAAAAGGCCUCGAUACAAUCGCAACCACAAUCCGCGAAGCAGGAGGAAUUGAUGGAGUUAUUGGAUUUUCCCAAGGCGCAUGCGCCGCAUAUUUUGUGGCCAGUUUAUUGGAGGCAAACCGCGAAAGUGCUUUUGCGCUCCAAUGCGUUAAAAACCCAUCCGAAGCAAUCUCCUACCCCUCCUCCUUUACUGCCCUGAAACAACAACUUCACCACCCUCCCCUCAAAUUUUGCAUUUCUUAUUCCGGGAGUUUGGAUACGGUUGUGGAAGAACAUAGGAGUAUGGCUUUGGUAGAGGCGAGCGAGGAAGAAAGCAGGGAGGUGUGCUAUCAUCCAGGGGGUCAUUUUGUGCCAAUGGGAAAGGAGUUUGGUAAUGUGGCUGUGGGAUUUAUGGUGAAGUGUUUGGAUGAAAAGAAGCCAGUGGCCGAAGAGAGCGUCGAGGAUAUGGAUGUUCCUUUCUAA